CCGGUCACGUGACGGAAGCCAAGAUGGCGGCGCUGUGGUGAGGUAAGCGCUGUGUGACUUCCUGAUGGCGCUGCGCUCGAGCUCCGAGUGACCGGCGGCGGGCCAGGACUGGACAGGCGGCUGUCCCGGGAGAUGCAGGAGGAAGGGACCAAGACCAAGACCAAGAGCAUGUUCCUGUCCCGGGCCCUGGAGAAGAUCCUGGCCGACAAGGAGGCCAAGAAAGCCCACAGCUCCCAGCUCAGGAAGGCGUGUGAGGUGGCCCUGGAAGAGAUCAAGUGUGAAUUUGACCAGCAGAAAGAUGGCUCCUCAAUACCCUCCAAACCUCAGUUCAUUGAAGCCGAUAAGUAUUUCCUUCCAUUCGAGUUGGCAUGCCAACAGAAGUCUCCACGCAUUGUCAGCACCUCGCUGGAUUGUUUGCAGAAACUCAUCGCGUACGGCCACAUUACUGGAAAUGCACCAGAUAAAGGAGCCCCUGGCAAGCGCCUUAUUGAUCGCAUUGUUGAUACAAUUUGCAACUGCUUUCAAGGUCCUCAAACAGAUGAAGGGGUACAGCUACAAAUUAUAAAGGCUCUUCUCACUGUGGUAACAUCGCCAUAUGUAGAAAUCCACGAAGGGACGAUCUUGGAGACCGUUCGGACAUGUUAUAACAUUUACUUGGCAAGCAAAAAUCUGGUCAACCAAACUACUGCCAAGGCAACACUCACUCAGAUGCUGAACGUCAUUUUCAUCAGGAUGGAGAAUCAAGCGCUUCAGGAAAUUGUGAAUCACGAAAAGCAGCAACAAAAACUACACUCUCCCGCCCUCCGCAAACCAGCAGAAUCCCCGUUGGCCUCGCUGCACACUCUCAACUACCCGGAAGCAGAGCCUCCGUUACCACAGAACUAUAGUAAUGUUGGCAACGGUGACCAAGAGAGGGGCAGCAGAGCAGAACCGGAGGGCAGCGAGGAUAGUGUAACUGCUGAGCCCAAACUGAACGAGUACAGAACCGACGAUGGACCCAAAUACAGUGAGGAUCCUGGAAGAAUAGAGGACAGAACCGAUGGCGGACCCAAAUACACUGAGGAUCCUGAAAGAAUAGAGGAAAGAACCGAUGGCGGACCCAAAUACAUUGAGGAUCCUGGAAGAAUAGAGGACAGAACCGAUGGCGGGCCCAAAUACAUCGAGGAUCCUGGACGAAUAGAGGAAAGAACCGAUGGCGGGCCCAAAUACAGUGAGGAUCCUGAACGAAUAGAAGACAGAGACGAUUCUGAGAUUAAAUCGGGAUCAGAUCACACUGAUGACAAAGCUGGUGACAAGCUCAAAUCUACACAGGAAUCUGAUCUCUGUGAAGAAAGAAUGGCCAUGGCACCCAAGGGCAGCACAGAUGGAAUAGUCACAGAACCCAGUUCCAACCUGCCUGGUCCCGGAAAUGUUGAUGAAACAGUUGCAUCCGAAAUCCCCACAUCUGCUGAAAGGAACCAAACCAACGGGAUUGCAGACGAUGGGCAGUCGGUGUCCUCUACUGAUAUUAUGGAAUCAGAGUCCGUCCACGGGCACCAGUCCGGAGCUCGGUUCUCUCACAUUCUGCAGAAAGAUGCAUUUCUGGUGUUCAGAUCUCUCUGCAAACUUUCAAUGAAACCACUUGGCGAGGGCCCACCUGAUCCCAAGUCCCAUGAGCUGCGCUCGAAGAUUAUCUCCCUGCAGCUCCUCCUGUCAGUAUUGCAGAACGCUGGCCCUGUAUUCCGAACGCACGAAAUGUUUAUCAAUGCAAUCAAGCAAUAUCUCUGUGUGGCACUGUCAAAGAACGGCGUGUCUUCUGUGCCCGAUGUGUUCGAACUUUCUCUUGCCAUAUUCCUUAGUUUGCUGUCAAACUUUAAGACUCAUUUAAAGAUGCAGGUAGAGGUAUUUUUUAAAGAAAUCUUCUUAAACAUACUGGAGACUCCAACAAGUUCCUUUGAGCAUAAAUGGAUGGUUAUCCAGACACUGACAAGGAUUUGUGCAGACGCCCAAUGUGUGGUGGAUAUAUAUGUGAACUAUGACUGUGAUUUAAAUGCUGCUAAUAUAUUUGAACGACUUGUUAAUGACUUGUCAAAAAUUGCCCAGGGGAGAAGCGGGCAUGAACAUGGAAUGACUCCAUUACAGGAGAUCAGUCUCCGAAAGAAAGGCCUGGAGUGCCUUGUGUCCAUAUUGAAGUGUAUGGUAGAAUGGAGCAAAGACCUUUAUGUCAAUCCCAACCACCAGUCCAGCCUUGGUCCGGAAAAAACGUCUGAUGUUGAAAGCAGUGAGAAUAAACCCUCAGAAACAUCAGGGAGGAGAAUUAGUAUCAGUUCAAUGGAUUCCACGGUCUCCUCUGGAAUCGGCAGUAUCAGCACCCAGGCGUCCGUCCCUGACGAUCCCGAACAGUUUGAAGUGAUCAAACAACAGAAGGAGAUCAUUGAACACGGCAUCGAGCUAUUUAACAAGAAGCCAAAAAGAGGAAUUCAGUAUCUACAAGAACAGGAGAUGCUUGGUGUAACCCCCCAGGACAUUGCACAGUUUUUUCACCAAGAGGAUCGACUAGAUUUUACACAAAUUGGAGACUUUUUAGGGGAGAAUAAUCGAUUUAACCGUGAGGUGAUGUACUCCUAUGUGGACCAGCUGAAUUUCUGUGAUAAAGACUUUGUGUCGGCACUGCGCAUGUUUCUGGAAGGAUUCCGCCUCCCGGGAGAAGCUCAGAAGAUUGACCGGCUGAUGGAGAAAUUUGCUGCUCGCUAUUUAGAAUGUAAUCAGAGACAAACCUUGUUCGCCAGCGCUGAUACGGCGUAUGUCUUGGCAUAUUCUAUUAUAAUGUUAACAACAGAUCUACAUAGUCCUCAGGUGAAGAAUAAAAUGACAAAGGAGCAGUAUAUUAAAAUGAACAGAGGCAUUAACGAUAGCAAAGAUUUGCCGGAGGAGUACUUAUCUGCGAUCUUUGAUGAGAUUGAAGGCAAGAAAAUUGCAAUGAAGGAGACCAAGGAAUUUACCGUUACAACCAAAUCUUCAAAGUCAAGUGCGACUAAUGAAAAGGAGAGAAGGCUGUUGUAUAAUAUGGAGAUGGAGCAAAUGGCAAAAACCGCCAAAGCACUUAUGGAAGCUGUGAGCCAUGCUAAGGCGCCAUUUACUAGCGCAACUCACCUGGACCACGUGCGACCCAUGUUUAAACUUGUCUGGACGCCAUUGCUUGCUGCCUACAGCAUCGGCCUUCAGAACUGUGAUGACAGCGAGGUGGCUAAUCUGUGCUUGGAAGGCAUUCGUUGUGCAAUCCGAAUCGCAUGCAUCUUCAGUAUGCAGCUUGAAAGAGACGCCUAUGUCCAGGCUCUUGCGCGAUUUUCUCUGCUUACGGCGAGUUCCAGCAUUACCGAAAUGAAGCAGAAAAACAUAGACACCAUCAAGACUCUCAUUACAGUGGCUCACACGGACGGAAACUACCUCGGAAAUUCAUGGCAUGAGAUAUUAAAAUGUAUUAGCCAGCUGGAACUUGCACAGCUUAUUGGCACAGGUGUUAAGACUCGGUACAUCUCUGGAACUGUGCGCGAUCGAGAAGGAAGCAUUAAGAGUUACACGACGGGAGGGGAGGAGUUCAUGGGGCUGGGAUUAGGGACACUGGUUGGUGUUGGAGUAGACAAGAAGCAGAUGGCCAGCAUUCAAGAAUCCGUUGGAGAAACUAGCUCGCAGAGUGUUGUUGUAGCUGUGGAUAGGAUAUUUACGGGGUCAACUAGACUUGAUGGAAAUGCAAUUGUCGACUUCGUCCGCUGGCUGUGCGCAGUCUCCAUGGAUGAAUUGGCAUCCAUACACCAUCCGCGCAUGUUCAGUUUGCAGAAAAUCGUGGAGAUUUCUUAUUAUAACAUGAACAGAAUUCGCUUGCAGUGGUCGAGAAUAUGGCAGGUGGUCGGUGACCAUUUCAACAAGGUUGGCUGUAACCCCAACGAAGACGUGGCCAUUUUUGCAAUUGAUUCCCUUCGACAACUGUCCAUGAAGUUCCUUGAAAAAGAUGAGUUGGCGAAUUUCCGCUUCCAGAAGGAUUUCUUGAGGCCUUUCGAACACAUCAUGAAAAAGAACAGGUCGCCUACAAUUCGGGAUAUGGUCAUUCGUUGCAUUGCCCAGAUGGUGAACACCCAGGCUGGCAACAUUCGCUCAGGGUGGAAGAAUAUCUUUGCUGUGUUUUACCAAGCAGCCUCUGAACACAACGCAAAUAUCGUGGAGCUGACCUUCCAAAACGUGGGCCACAUAGUCACAAAUGUUUUCCAGCAUCACUUCCCUGCGGCAAUAGACUCCUUCCAGGAUGCAGUAAAAUGUCUGUCUGAAUUUGCCUGCAAUGCUGCAUUCCCAGACACCAGCAUGGAGGCAAUCCGACUGAUCCGCUACUGUGCAAAGUAUGUCUCUGAAAAGCCACAGGCUCUGAGAGAAUACACUAGUGACGAUAUGAACGUAGCGCCUGGUGACCGAGUCUGGGUCAGAGGAUGGUUUCCUAUCUUGUUCGAACUCUCCUGCAUUAUUAACAGAUGCAAACUGGAUGUAAGAACAAGGGGCCUCACGGUAAUGUUUGAAAUAAUGAAAAGUUACGGGCACACAUUUGAAAACCACUGGUGGCAUGACCUGUUCAGAAUAGUUUUCCGGAUUUUUGAUAACAUGAAACUCCCAGAACAGCAAACAGAGAAGUCAGAAUGGAUGACGACAACCUGUAACCACGCACUUUAUGCCAUCUGUGAUGUGUUUACGCAAUUUUACGAAGCUCUGAAUGGCAUUCUACUGUCAGACAUAUUCACGCAGUUACACUGGUGUGUGAAACAAGAUAAUGAACAGCUAGCACGCUCUGGAACAAACUGCCUGGAAAAUCUCGUUAUUCUCACUGGAGAGAAGUUUAGUCCCGAGGUGUGGGAUCAGACGUGUACCUGUAUGUUGGAUAUCUUCAAGACCACCAUCCCAAGCGCGUUACUGAGCUGGAGACCAUCUGCGAUGGAAGAUGAUACGUCAGAGAAACGUUUUGAUUUAGACGUUGAUCGCCAGUCCAGCAGCAGUCUGGAUCGAAAUCCCUCUGAGAGAGCUCAUAGCCAGCUCUCCAACACUACAGAGGAUAACUGGAGAGGGAAGUCUAGUGAGAAGUUGGCUGACCAGAAACUGUUUGCUGGGCUUCUCAUUAAGUGUGUGGUGCAGCUUGAAUUAAUCCAAACGAUCGAUAAUAUCGUUUUUUACCCGGCUACUAGUAAGAAAGAGGAUGCUGAGCAUUUGGCAGCUGCACAAAGAGAUGCUCUGGAGAUGGACAUCCAUAUCGAGUCUGAGGACCAAGGAAUGUAUAAAUUCAUGUCAACGCAGCAUCUCUUCAAACUGUUGGACUGUCUGCAAGAGUCGCACUCCUUCGCAAAGGCCUUUAAUUCCAAUAACGAACAGCGGACAGCACUCUGGAGGGCAGGAUUCAAAGGGAAAUCGAAACCUAAUCUGUUAAAACAAGAAACCAGUAGCCUCGCCUGCUGUUUGAGAAUCCUUUUCCGAAUGUAUACAGACCAGAACCGCCAAGAUUCGUGGGAGGACAUAGAAUCGAGGCUUUUAAAUGUCUGCAGUGAAGCUCUGGCCUACUUCAUUACCGUCAAUUCUGAGAGCCAUCGGGAAGCCUGGACCAACCUGCUGCUUCUACUGCUCACCAAAACCCUCCGAGUCACUGAUGAAAAGUUUAAAGCUCACGCUUCAAAGUAUUACCCCCACUUGUGCGAAAUCAUGCAGUUUGACCUCAUUCCAGAGCUGCGUGUUGUGCUGCGGAAAUUCUUUCUUCGUAUCGGAGUCGUUUAUAAGAUCUGGAUGCCGCAGGAGCAAACGCGAGUUGCUGAAUCCUGUUUAUCCGUGUAACGUUUAUUGACAAUGAGUGUGUGCCCCCUGACUGCGGGCAUUUUACCCUCCAGCUCUGCCUGGCUUUAGUGUAGCAAACCCAGUGCUGCUAAUUUGGGAGUUUGUGUGCUGGAGACCAAUGUUUGACAUGAAGGUUACGGUUGACAGCCAUUCUUAUUAUUCUCAGAAGUGGCCCUUAAUUGUUCAGGGUCACUCUUUGUGUUGAACAUGUCGUAAAAUAGAACAUUCAUAAUGUCAUUUUUCUUGUCGAGGCCGAAUGAAGAGAAUGCCGGCAGCAAAUCCAUGCAUUUAGUGCUUCAAUGGGUUAAAUUAAACUUUGUGUUUGCGGUUUGGAUUUUCGUUGUUCCUUUUUAAAAAAAACAUGUCACCAAACACGCUUUACGUUAAUCAUCAGAGCAUCCAAACAGUUUUACAAUAAUCCCACAGUUUUUAAUUCGAUUUCUGCUUAUUACAUUUUACCUUGUCUGAGUACGCUGGGGGUUCAUUUAAAUCUCCUGCUCCAGUUAAAAAAAAAAAAACUUGGCAAAUUUUAAAGAGAUCGCCAGUCAAUCAGAAGAUCUCAGGUUCAUGCUGGGAAAAGAUGUUGUAAGCACUAGAGACAGGUAAUGUAGGAGCAGAUAUGUCAAACACAACAUGUUGCUUGUUGUGUGACAAUCCGCUGUGGCAAAUAAAUGCUGUUAAUACAGACUCCUGUGGACUGUAUAUGCUCUUCUGAUUAAUCUAAGAUUUAUUUCAGGCGAGGGGUCUGCUUUACAAAAUACACUUUAAUUUCUGUAAUUAUGGACUAUUUGUCAUAUUGAUUUUUAAAUGGAUGAGGUUAAUCUGAUGAUAUAUUUUUAUUUUUGUUACUCGGUUGAAUAUUUGGGGGAUUUUAUUUAUAUUUUCCAGUUUACCUUUCCAGCUGCAGAGUUGGCUGAGCCGUGCUUUUUUCAGCAAUGGCUUCUUCCCACCUGCAGCCCCUAAUCCCCGCAGCAUUCCGUCUCCUGUAAUUUGCACUUUCUUUGCUAAUAUAAUUUCCAGAAAGAAAAUAAUAAAGAUGUUAAAACCUCAGGGUCUGCUGUUCCAUCACUAGAAGGGUCAUCUGCUCAGAAGUCCAUAUAAUGAGUUUGCUAAUCCCAGGACAUACUCGAAAAUUAGUCAACACUAAAUGUUUCCUUUUAAUGACUAGAUAUUAAACGUAAUAUUUAAUACAAGUUAAGAAUCCGUGCUCUGUGGUAUUAAGAGGAAAAACUGUGAGAGAGAUUACAUUUCGGCUUGCUUUUUUUCUGUUUUCUCUCUUUGUAUUGAGGCUAAACUGCUCCAGGUGUGAGGGUGUAAGGGCAGCCAAACAAUAUUAAUAAAUACAAUUCUGUGAGAUCAGUAAGGCACAUGUAGGUUUUCCCCAGUGAGCAGGGAUUUCAAAGAUUACUGACUUAUUGGCAGUGUGAGAAAUAAGUCAGUAAGUGUGUGCGCGUAGACCCAGGUUGGGAAUCUACCGCGCCACGGUGUGAGUCUCAAAUUAAACCAGUGCGGGAACCGGCCGGCUUGGGAAAUGGCAUAGAAAGUAAUGAAAGUGGCUUUUCAUUAUGAUAAAUCACAGGCGUCGUCAAUCAGUAUUAUAAUUAGCUUCCAAUAUCCAUGCUAAAAAUAUUUGGUUUACUGUUUCUUCUAUGGUAUUUAAAAUUUAUUACCAAAAAUGUCAUAGUAGAACUGCUCCUAAUAUAACACCUAAUACUCCCCCUCUGAAAAUAGUUUUUAUUUAUAUAAUUUUUUUCAGCUGAGGUAGCGUGAGUGCUUGAAUGCUCUUUUUGUGUGUGAUUGCAUGGUAUAUGCAGUCAUAUAAAACAAAAUAUUGCAUUUAUUAUUCACAAAAUACCUUUUCUUGUGGUCUGACGUCUAGUAAGAUGGUGGUCAUGAUUCCGUCUGUUUUGUAUGAUUUUGUUAGUAGGAAACACAAUGUCCCUUAAAGUGGUUCUGUCAUUUUUAUUUCUCUAUUUUCCGUUUUGAUAUUCUCGUGCCUCCUCUAUCAUAAUGAUUAUACUCCCUACUUUGUAACUUGUCUUUAUUUAGAUUUUUUAUCUUCCUUGUGCUGGAUCUCAAUACCUGGGUGCAGCUAUUUUACUGCCCUCUGUCAAUGAUGUCUGCUGUUUGCCUUCUUUCACAUUAAUUUUACUGAUGGAUUGUGGGUGAAUGUGAUUGGUAAAUGAAUCAAAGCCUAACUUUAAUUCCCGCUCACUCUCAAAUUUUGUCAACUUGAUUUCUAUACAAAAGAAAGUGAUCCCUACAUUUCUUUAUAUAUUUAAUAAAAACCAGGGCACUCAGAGAGGAAAAACAAUCUAAGGGUAUAUCUUCAGACACCGAGGCGAUAUAAAAGCAGAUUUGAUAAGGUUUAUUUACGACAGAGCUGCUUUAAGGUUACUGAGUGGUGAGCUUGGUUGCCUUUGUUAAUACCAAUACUGUAAGAACGUUUUAUAUUAUAGGAUUGUUCGUCAGGCAUUGAUCUUGUGAUUGGAUGGUAUUGUCACGUGACCCGCUGCGAUCCCUCCAACAUGGCUCCUCACAUCACAUGACAUCACUGUAUUAAUGGGCUCUUGCAUCCAGCAUAUAAUAUGUGUAAAAUCCAUCGCCUGUUACAGAAUAUAGCUGAUCUAGUAUUAUUUCGCUGCAUUCUGGGAGAUUUGUUGUGGAUGGAGGGAUUGAGUAUUUUGUUUUCAGCGGGAGGGGGGGUGUUUUGGUUUUUUUGUUUUGUUAGCGUUGCUGAGCCAAUGCCAGGUCACAGUUGUUUGGUCUUUAAUAUACUUUUUUAGUUGACAGACCUUAUGUUCCACUUUUGGGAGCAGAGAAUUGGGUGAGUGGUUACUGCAACAGUCCCCCUAGAUUAACCCCUUCCUUUCUCACAUCCCUGCCUUCUUACUUAGACACCAUGUGCUAAUAACAGGUAUGAUUAGAUCAUAUUAAAGAACUAUUUAUAUGUGCACACUGAGUAGAACUACCAUCUCCAAACCCAUCACUGCGUUUAAAGUAUUGUUACUGAUAAAAUAAGAAGGAAAAAAAGGAUCUGUCUUUUUUUAAAUUUAUUUUUAAUUUAAUUAUAUUAUUUUUUUUUAAGACGACAAAGAUGUUGGGGUUAAUUCCCUAAACUGAGCGCUUACAGAGAAAUUCCACCUUUUAGGCCAGAAUAGUGUUGGACCAUUUCUCAGCAUGACUCGUUUACCCUAAAAUGUGCUUUUUUUCCAAUUCGUGGUCAUCGCUACCAGAUUUCCUAUUUAGUGAAUAAACCGUCUAUCUAGGAGUGGAGGUAUGGAGGGAAGCAAAUUCAUAUUUACUAGUAAGAGGCCUUCCUCUAAUAUAUGUACGUCCUGUGUAUAUUUUGUUCACCAAUCUUCUGUUUAAAAUAUCUAAAUUGUAUCCUUUCCUCUAAAAAUUAUCCAUGCGUUUCAGGAUAUGUCCUAUCAGCGUUGCUGUGUCAAAGAUUUUGAUUGGAAAAAGUCCUCUGUCUGCUGGAUGUAUACAUUUACAAACAAAUUAAAGAUAUAUAUGAAAAGCUCUGUAAAGUUUUCUAUGUAAUAUAUAAUGUACUAUAAGGGUAUAAUCUCAUACUUUAAUCAGGUGGUAAAUCAAUAAAGUUUUAAAGGUGA